UCAAAUACCAUAACCUCUGAUGUAUGCUUCUUGAGUUCCUCAUACCAAGUGUCUCAAAAACGCGCUCGUUCAGUUUUACCUAAUUCAUUUACUUUCCAUCUAGGUUGCUAUUUUAAAGCUGAUAUCAAUCUUCGUCUUAUUUAAAUAGUCCUUAUUGUUUGCUUUCUUUCUCAGAUUUGAAGGAAAUUCGUAAUGUCGCUGAAUCUUUCUUCCGAUGAACAUAAUGGGUUUGAUCAGCUUUUCAAGGUUGCCGACAAACAAGAUAUUGGUGUGCUUACUGGUGAAGAAGCCGUUCCAUUCCUUGAAAAAUCAGGAUUGUCCCCUCAAGUUUUAGGUCAGAUUUGGCAGAUUUCAGAUUCUGAAAAUCGAGGCUUCUUAACAUUUUCGGCCUUUAGCAUAGCUAUGCGACUUAUCGCUCUUGCUCAAGAAAAGCGACCUUUUGAUUAUAGAAAUCCAGGAAAAAUUCCCUACUUUUCAGGCAUUCAACUAUCCAACGUUGAUCCUUCUUCAAUCGUUCAACCCUUCUUCUCCAAGACGCCUUCAUCUACUACGCACGUGCCUUCAAAUCCAACAGGAAGUAAUACUUUGCCUCCCAUUGCCCCUGAAGAACUAACGCGUUAUCAAAAAAUGUUUACUACUGUAUGUUCGGCUGAUUCAUUAAUGGAUGGUGAUCGAGCUAGCUCCAUAUUUGGUCGUGCUCCCUUAAGCACGGAAGUUCUUGCUCAAAUUUGGAACCUAGUUGACACCCGUAAGCGAGGUGCUUUAGAUAUUCGCGAAUUUAACACGGGUAUGCAUCUCAUAAAUCUUUUAUUAAGUGGGACGAUAAAAUCACCCCCUCCAUCAAUUUCUCCAUCUUUUAUUGCAACUGCCGUUAUGCUAAUGCCUGCCCAAUCUCCUCCUGCUCAAAACCCAAUGAGGACUUCUAAUGCUCCUCCUUCUUCUGAUCCUUGGACGAUCCCGCCUCAGGAUAUAAACAGUUUUUGUCAACUCUUUAAUAAUGUUGAUAAAGCACGUAAGGGGUACAUAUCGGGUUCUGAAGCUUAUUCUUUUUUUCUGGCUUCCAAACUUCCUGAGGAUGUUUUAGCUCAUAUUUGGGAUUUAAGUGAUACCAAUAGUUCUGGAAAAUUAAAUCUUGGUGAAUUUUGUAUCGCUCUUUUUUUAAUUAAAAUGAAGUUGCAAGGUAAAGAAUUACCAUCCGAAUUGUUUCCUUCUACUUUGGCUUCCGUUUCUCCUCUUAUGCAGCAUAAUACUCCAGUUGUGUCUCCUCAGUCUACGACUCAGCCUUCAAUGCCGACUUCGCAGGUCUCUCCAAAGUUCGUUCAACCGACUCGGGUCAGUUCUGGAACAGAAGAUUUGUUAAGCUUGGAUCAGGUUAGCUUUUCUCCUUCUCCCCAACCUCAGCGUCCUUUUAACGAAUCAAAACCCCAAGCUAAUCAAGAUUUACCACAAAAAUCUGUUUACAAUCAUCAGCCUUUGCAAACAAACUCCACCCCCGGGGUUGUUGCUUCUCCCACAGGUUCGGUGUCUUCUCCGUUAUCUGGAUUCGUACCUCAAUCCAACUUUGGUCAGUCAAUAGCUAAGGUUAACUUGGAUAAAUCUGGUAUGCCAUCAAAGUCUGGAACUCCUCCAGUAGUUGCUCCUGUACCUCAAAUGUCUUCAAAUGAAAAUAUGAAACUAGCAGCUGAAUUGCCAAAGAUGGAAGCACAGUUGCAACAAGCUUCUAAUAACAACAAAAUCAUGAUGCAGGAAGCGAAAUCCGCCUCGGACAGCCAUAGCGAUACUCAAACAAAGUUAGCUGAAAUAAGAAAGGCAUACAACGAGGAACUGGCAAAGACUAAACAGAUUACCUCAGAAACUGAUGCUAAACGUUUGCAAACGCAGCAAAUGAAGAAAGAUUACGGAAUCUUAGAGGCUACGCUGGAGGCUUUGAAGAAGCAAAAUGAUGAAAAGAAACUUGCUUUAGAAGAGGUUCACGCCGACCUUGAAACUGCUACUUCAAUGUUAAAUAAUUCCAACGCUUCAAUUCAAGCUUUACAGGAUGACAUUGCUCAACAGGAACAAACCUUGACAGAUUUGCAUCAACAACUUGAUACAGUCACUCAGCAAUUGGUCAAUUUGGAUAGAAAGAAUAAGUCACUUCUUGAAAAGAAGGAUGGUUUAUCUUUAAAUGUUGAUAAUACCGAAAAACAGCUGUCGUCUGCAAAAAACGAGCUAGAAACUCAGAUGAAAAACCUGAGCAUGAACCAUUCAUCUCGAGAAUUCCCGACUUCUGCACAUGCUGAAGAAACAGCGCCUUCCCCUUUAACAAAUAUGAAUCAUGAAAGCAAAGACGAGGGUCAUACUCGCCUAUUCCCACAACACUCAAAUAACUUAUUUGAAGUCCCUGCAAGAGAUGUUCGUUCUCCUUCAUUAAAUUCUGCAGCUUCUUCAUCUGCGCGAGCUUCUUCUGGUGUUUCUAAAAAUCCUUUCCAUAAGUUGAAAUUCUCAGAGAAUAAUUCUCCCGUGUCCAACUUUUGGGAAAAUGAAUUUGCCUCAACUGUUUUUCCUCAUAAUACUUCUAAAGAAAGUUCAAUGUAUACUAAUCCGCCUAGCAAGACCCCAAGCUUGGAUACUGAAAUGAGAUAUUCAGCCAAACCUGAUACCUCUUUUGGUGGAAAUAGCCACUUGGAAGUUUCAAGUUUCGCAUCUCAACGUGGAUCUCCAGUUUCGCCAGAUAUGGCCAAGUUGACAGAGUCGACUCUUAACACUCCUGCUUCUUUAGAACGAUCAAACGAACGUGUGGAAUUGAAACCUCCUGUUCCUCCUUCUCGUCGUGAAAAAAGUGCUUCUUCUUCCACCAAACCUGCUGAAUAUAGCGAAGAAGAAUUUCCUCCUAUUGAAUUUAAAGAAAAAGAGGAAGAGAGCUCUGAUGAUGAAGAACAAACGGGGACUACAGCACACAGAAUUUCCGAUACUCCAUUAUCAGAUGCUAACGAACACUUAAAAACAUCAACAACUACUCACGUGGAAGCUGGACCUGCAUCUUCAGAACCUCAAUAUUCCGUAUCAACCGAUACUAACCCUAACAAGGAGAAGUCAGUUCCUCCCAAUAACUUUUACGUGGCGGACUCGAGUGACUCUAACAAACCUUUUGACUUUGAAACUGCUAACGAAUCGGAUAAUGAUGAAUUUAAUUCCCAACCUGUUCCUAUAACGAGUGCCUCUACGGAAGACGCUUUUAAUGUUGAUGAUGAGUUUUCAAGCGAGUUUCAAAAUCUUCAGGCUGCCGAAGUUAAUGAUAAGGAAGACCAAGAUAUUUCUGAAGACGAGGAAAGCAACAAAAAUAAGCUAUAAAUGAAUUAUCGUUAACUAUCAUGGUUACUGGAAGUGAUCGGAGCCUCAUUUUACCUUACUGCCCUGGACGAACAAGUCUAAUGAUGGUAUUUAUAUUCAGUUAUGAACUUUAAUAUUUUAUAAAUGACCUAACCUCGGCCGCUGCAAUUGUCAGCUUCUGAUAAAGCACGCUAGUUUAGUUAACUGAUUGAUAUGAAAUUUCUCAUUUACUGCUUUUGGGCUUUGUGAUAUAUGAUAGUUGUGGUAGUGACAACAGAAUGAAUAUAAAAGCGUGAUAUAUCCACUGAUUCUAAAUCUUACAUUUAGUAGAAAAAGAUUUCUGUUAUGGAGUAAUAGCACAUUCAUAUACCGUAGUUCUUAUAAGAUCGACUAAAUGAAGAAAGAAUUUACAAAUUUUCAAUGAAACGGAGUUUUAAAG